AUGAAAAAGUAUGCCACGAACGCAAGAUUGAUUUCUUUCGCAUAUGUCUUAUAUUUAUACUUAUCCCUCAGUGCGUUCAUAUUACUUUCCCUUGUACCCAAAUUGCUGAACAUUGUAUUACCCCUCAACGAUUCCCGACCUAUAACUAUGCCUUAUGACGUAUAUUAUUUCAUGGACGAAGAGAAAUAUUAUUUCUACAUUAUAUUUCACAUCUAUGUGAGCGUCAAUAUAUCUCUUACGGCGGCAGCCGCACACGAUUCCACGUUUUUUAUUUAUAUUGAGCAUAUCUGCAGCCUUUUUGCAGUGGUUGGAUUUCAUCUUGAGACUUUAUCACGUAAGGAUCGUAACGACGCGAAUAAUAAUCUAUCGUAUAAUCGGAAAAUCGUAGUUUCCAUUCAUGCACACUGGCGAGCUUUACGUUUCGCGAAAAUUCUUGAAGACAUUUUUUGCACUGCUUUCGCAGUACAAAUGCUGAUAGUUACUGUAACAUUGACUAUUACUUUGCUACAAGUUGCGUUACAAUACGGCGACAUUAAUGAAAUGUUCAAGUACCUAAUGUAUAUCUUUGGUCAAGUAUUACACACGUUUUUCUUCAGUCUACAAGGUCAGAGACUGAUCAAUCACAGCAUACAAUUGCGCGACAAAGUAUAUAAUUCUUCCUGGUACGAAAUACCUGCGGAAUCACGAAAGCUGCUUCUGUUCGUAAUGCGAAGGAGCAUGGAACCCUGUUUCUUGAGCGCCGGCAAGAUUUUUAUCUUCUCUUUGAAGAGCUUUACCACGGUAAAUAUUAUUUAG